AUACAAACUUUCCAAACUGUUACAAAACUAUCGUCAGCCAAUAAGCGUUGGGAAACUGAGUUUAUGCCGUUGCAGCCUGCCCCAAUAGGCGACUGAGAUGAAUAAAUAAAAAAGCAAUUGCCGAAACAGAACUCCCCCAGGCAAAAAUAGCACAGACCCACUAGAAGGUGACAACGAAACGAGUACGAGAAAACGAUGAACAUGAGAUGAAGGAUGAUAAUAAGUAUUCUGUCGUUUCUGCUAAUCCAGGAUACGUAUUUUGGACAUCCUAUCUUUCCAAUGUUCAACAUGGGAUUUUCACCUGUAUUUUUUCUGUCCCUUUUUGAUAGCCAUGAUAAGGUCACGCAUUCCCAAAAGAGAACCAGUUUUCCAUCCAAAAGAUCUCUCUCUCUUCUUCCUGCGCGUUCCGCCGCCCGCCCCUCCCCCCAGAAAAAAAAAGACAUGCAAUGAUAAUGAUAAAAAAGAGAAUCCGUUGCAAUUUUUACUUUCGGCUGGUCCUGGAAAGCGGCAUGAGGAUGACAUUGAAAAAUAUUAAUUCGCGGAAUACUGUAUCACCGUGCAAUUAUAUUGGCUGGGAUAAAAUUAUCAACCAACGGCGAAAGAUGAGUGUUUGUUUGACACUCCAUCGCGAACAUGCAUUGAUGGUGGACGGAACAUGGAUUGGGUGGUUCUAGGCCAUUCCUGGUGGUGUUGUUUUUUUAUGCGGACAUCGAUAUUGGACAGCAUCACAUUCACGAAUGUUUUUUGAGUAACAAAAGUUACUCAUUACAGAAUUUCCGUCUUUCCGUGUUGGGCGAUCGCUUUUUUUUUGCGCACUCUUAAACGGUGACAAUGACAACUUCGCUUCAAUGACUGGGAAAGUCGAUGGCUUUCCGUGAUAAAUUUUUUUCGGUAA